CGUCCACAGGGAAUUUGCCAAAGAGAGAGAGAGAGUGGAGAACCGGAGAGCUUUCAUGAAACUGCGGCGCCAGCAGCAGAUCGAGCGUGAGCUGAAUGGGUACCGCGCCUGGAUAGACAAAGCCGAGGAAGUCAUGCUUGCUGAAGAAAAUAAAAAUGCUGGAACAUCAGCCUUAGAAGUGCUUCGGAGGGCAACCAUCAAAAGGAGCCGGACGGAGGCCAUGACGCGGGACUCCAGCGAUGAGCAUUGUGUCGACAUCUCCUCUGUGGGCACGCCCCUCGCCCGAGCCAGCAUCAAGAGCACAAAGGUGGACGGGGCCUCCUAUUUCCGGCACAAGGAGCGGCUUCUGCGUAUCUCUAUCCGCCACAUGGUUAAAUCCCAGGUGUUUUACUGGAUCGUGCUGAGCCUUGUGGCCCUCAACACCGCCUGUGUGGCCAUCGUCCAUCACAACCAGCCCCAGUGGCUCACCCACCUCCUCUACUAUGCAGAAUUUUUGUUUCUGGGACUCUUCCUCCUGGAGAUGUCUCUGAAGAUGUACGGCAUGGGGCCUCGCCUUUAUUUUCACUCUUCAUUCAACUGCUUUGAUUUUGGGGUCACAGUGGGCAGCAUCUUUGAAGUGGUCUGGGCGAUCUUCAGACCUGGUACAUCUUUUGGAAUCAGUGUCUUGCGAGCUCUCCGGCUUCUGAGAAUAUUUAAAAUAACCAAGUAUUGGGCAUCCCUACGGAAUUUGGUGGUCUCCUUGAUGAGUUCCAUGAAGUCGAUCAUCAGUUUGCUCUUCCUCCUCUUCCUUUUCAUCGUCGUCUUUGCUCUCCUGGGAAUGCAGCUGUUUGGAGGCAGGUUCAACUUUAAUGAUGGGACUCCUUCAGCAAACUUUGACACCUUCCCUGCAGCUAUCAUGACUGUGUUCCAGAUCCUGACGGGUGAGGACUGGAAUGAGGUGAUGUACAAUGGGAUCCGCUCCCAGGGUGGGGUCAGCUCAGGCAUGUGGUCAGCGAUCUAUUUUAUUGUGCUCACCUUGUUUGGAAACUACACACUGCUCAAUGUGUUCUUGGCCAUCGCUGUGGACAAUCUGGCCAACGCUCAGGAGCUGACCAAGGAUGAACAGGAAGAAGAGGAGGCCUUCAACCAGAAGCACGCGCUGCAGAAGGCCAAGGAGGUCAGCCCGAUGUCUGCACCCAACGUGCCUUCCAUCGAAAGAGACAGAAGGAGAAGACACCACAUGUCGAUGUGGGAGCCACGCAGCAGCCACCUGAGGGAGCGGAGGCGCCGACACCACAUGUCGGUGUGGGAGCAGCGCACCAGCCAGCUGAGGAGGCACAUGCAGAUGUCCAGCCAGGAGGCCCUCAACAAGGAGGAGGCCCCGCCCAUGAACCCUCUCAACCCCCUCAACCCCCUGAGCCCCCUCAACCCGCUCAACGCCCACCCCAGCCUCUACCGGAGAUCCAGGCCCAUCGAGGGGCUGGCCCUGGGCCUGGGGCUGGAGAAGUGUGAGGAAGAGCGCAUCAGCCGCGGCGGCUCCCUCAAGGGGGACGGAGGGGACCUGUCGAGGGCCCUGGACAACCAGAGGAGCCCCCUGUCCCUGGGCAAGCGGGAGCCGCCCUGGCUGGCCAGGCCCUGUCGUGGAAACUGUGACCCGACCCAGCAGGAGGCCGGGAGCGGGGAGACCGUGGUGACCUUCGAGGACCGGGCCAGGCACAGGCAGAGCCAGCGGCGCAGCCGGCACCGCCGCGUCAGGACAGAGGGCAAGGAGUCCUCCUCCGCCUCCAGGAGCAGGUCUGCCAGCCAGGAGCGGAGUCUGGAUGAAGCUGUGCCUGGCGAGGGGGAAAGAGACCACGAGCCCAGGGGCAGCCAUGGGGGCCAGGAACCCACGAUCCAGGAAGAAGAGCGAUCCCAGGACCUACGGAGGACGAACAGUAUGAUGGUGCCCAGAGGCUCUGGGCUGGCAGGAGCCCUCGAUGAGGCCAACACACCCCUCGUCCUGUCCCAGCCAGAGCUGGACGUGGGGAGGGAUGCAGCGCUGACCGAGCAGGAGCCGGAGGGCAGCAGUGAGCAGGCCCUGCUGGGGGACGUGCAGCUGGACAUGGGCCGGGUCAUCAGCCAGAGUGAGCCUGAUCUCUCCUGCGUCACGGCCAACACGGACAAGGCCGCCACCGAGAGCACCAGCGUCGCUGUCGCCAUCCCCGACGUGGGCCCCUUGGUGGACGCGACCGUGGUGCCCAUCAGCAACAAGACUGAUGGAGAAGCCAGUCCCUUGAAGGAGGCAGAGAUCAAAGAAGAUGAGGAGGAGGUGGAGAAGAAGCAGCAGAAGAAGGAGAAGCGUGAGACGGGCAAAGCCAUGGUGCCCCACAGCUCAAUGUUCAUCUUCAGCACCACCAACCCGAUCCGCAGGGCCUGCCACUACAUCGUGAACCUGCGCUACUUUGAGAUGUGCAUCCUCCUGGUGAUCGCAGCCAGCAGCAUCGCCCUGGCGGCCGAGGACCCCGUCCUGACCAACUCGGAGCGCAACAAAGUGCUGAGGUAUUUUGACUAUGUUUUCACUGGCGUCUUCACAUUUGAGAUGGUUAUAAAGAUGAUAGACCAGGGCUUGAUCAUGCAGGACGGGUCCUACUUCCGAGACCUGUGGAACAUUCUGGACUUUGUGGUGGUGGUUGGUGCAUUGGUGGCCUUUGCUUUGGCAACCAACAAGGGCCGGGACAUCAAGACCAUCAAGUCCCUGCGGGUGCUCCGUGUCCUGAGGCCGCUGAAGACCAUCAAGCGUCUGCCCAAGCUCAAGGCUGUCUUCGACUGUGUGGUCACCUCCUUGAAAAACGUCUUCAACAUACUCAUUGUCUAUAAGCUUUUCAUGUUCAUCUUUGCCGUCAUCGCAGUUCAGCUUUUCAAGGGCAAGUUCUUCUAUUGCACAGACAGUUCUAAGGACACGGAGAAGGAGUGCAUAGGCAACUACGUAGAUCAUGAGAAAAACAAGAUGGAGGUGAAAGGCCGAGAAUGGAAGCGCCAUGAGUUCCACUACGACAACAUCAUCUGGGCCCUGCUGACCCUCUUCACGGUCUCCACAGGGGAAGGAUGGCCUCAAGUUUUGCAGCACUCUGUCGAUGUGACAGAGGAAGACCGAGGCCCGAGCCGCAGCAACCGCAUGGAGAUGUCCAUCUUUUACGUCGUCUACUUUGUGGUCUUCCCUUUCUUCUUUGUCAACAUCUUUGUGGCGCUCAUCAUCAUCACCUUCCAGGAGCAAGGGGACAAGAUGAUGGAGGAGUGCAGCCUGGAGAAGAAUGAGAGGGCGUGCAUCGACUUCGCCAUCAGUGCCAAACCUCUCACCCGCUACAUGCCCCAGAACAGGCACACCUUCCAGUACCGCGUCUGGCACUUUGUGGUGUCCCCAUCCUUUGAGUACACCAUCAUGGCCAUGAUCGCCCUGAACACCGUCGUGCUGAUGAUGAAGUACUACUCUGCUCCCUGUACCUAUGAACUGGCCCUGAAGUACCUGAAUAUCGCCUUCACCAUGGUGUUUUCCCUGGAAUGUGUCCUAAAGAUCAUCGCCUUUGGCUUCUUGAACUAUUUCCGAGACACCUGGAAUAUCUUUGACUUCAUCACCGUGAUCGGCAGUAUCACAGAAAUUAUCCUGACAGACAGCAAGCUGGUGAACACCAGUGGCUUCAAUAUGAGCUUUCUGAAGCUCUUCCGAGCCGCCCGCCUCAUCAAGCUUCUGCGUCAGGGCUACACCAUCCGUAUUUUACUAUGGACGUUCGUGCAGUCCUUUAAGGCCCUCCCCUAUGUCUGCCUUCUGAUUGCCAUGCUUUUCUUCAUCUAUGCCAUCAUUGGGAUGCAGGUGUUUGGAAACAUAAAAUUAGAUGAGGAGAGUCACAUCAACCGGCACAACAACUUCCGUAGUUUCUUUGGGUCCCUCAUGCUACUCUUCAGGAGUGCCACGGGUGAGGCCUGGCAGGAGAUAAUGCUGUCGUGCCUCGGGGAGAAGGGCUGUGAGCCUGACACCACCGCACCGUCAGGGCAGAGCGAGAGCGAGCGCUGUGGCACCGACCUGGCCUACGUGUACUUCGUCUCCUUCAUCUUCUUCUGCUCCUUCUUGAUGCUCAACCUGUUCGUGGCCGUCAUCAUGGACAACUUUGAGUACCUGACUCGGGACUCGUCCAUCCUGGGGCCUCACCACCUGGACGAGUUUGUCCGUGUCUGGGCCGAGUAUGACAGAGCGGCAUGCGGCAGGAUCCCGUAUAAGGAUAUGUACAAAUUAGUGCGGGUGAUCUCGCCGCCUCUGGGCCUGGGAGAGAACUGCCCCUACAGGGUGGCUUGCAAGAGAUUAGUCCUGAUGAAUAUGCCAGUGGCUGAGGACAUGACUGUCCACUUCACUUCCACGCUUAUGGCUCUGAUUCGGACAGCUCUGGAUAUUAAAAUCGCUAAAGGUGGUGCGGACAGGCAGCAGCUAGACUCAGAGCUACAGAAGGAGACCCUGGCCAUCUGGCCUCACCUGUCCCAGAAGAUGCUAGAUCUACUUGUGCCCAUGCCCAAAGCCUCUGACCUGACUGUGGGCAAAAUCUAUGCAGCAAUGAUGAUCAUGGACUACUAUAAACAGAGCAAGGUGAAGAAGCAGAGGCAGCAGCUGGAGGAACAGAAAAACGCACCCAUGUUCCAGCGCAUGGAGCCUUCAUCUCUGCCUCAGGAGAUCAUUGCUAACGCCAAAGCCCUGCCAUAUCUCCAGCAGGAUCCCGUCUCAGGCCUGAGUGGCCGGAGUGGAUACCCUUCGAUGAGCCCACUCUCCCCGCAGGAGAUAUUCCAGUUGGCUUGUAUGGACCCAGCCGAUGAUGGACAGUUCCAGGAACAGCAGUCUCUGGAGCCAGAGGUUAGUGAAUUAAAAAGCGUGCAGCCCUCUAACCAUGGCAUCUACCUUCCUUCGGACACCCAGGAGCAUGCGGGAUCUGGGAGGGCAUCCUCUAUGCCACGCCUGACUGUGGAUCCCCAGGUGUUGACAGACCCGAGCUCCAUGAGACGUUCAUUUUCCACUAUUCGGGAUAAGCGUUCAAAUUCCUCGUGGUUGGAGGAGUUCUCCAUGGAGCGAAGCAGUGAAAACACCUACAAGUCACGACGUCGGAGUUACCAUUCCUCCCUGAGGCUGUCAGCCCACCGCCUGAACUCUGACUCAGGCCACAAGUCUGACACCCACCGCUCAGGGGGCAGAGAGCGGGGACGAUCAAAAGAGCGAAAGCAUCUUCUCUCUCCCGACGUCUCCCGCUGCAACUCCGAGGAGCGAGGGACCCAGGCUGACUGGGAGUCCCCAGAGCGUCGUCAGUCCCGGUCUCCCAGUGAGGGCAGGUCACAGACCCCCAACAGACAGGGCACGGGGUCCCUGAGUGAAAGCUCCAUCCCCUCCAUCUCCGACACCAGCACCCCAAGACGGAGUCGUCGGCAGCUCCCACCUGUCCCUCCAAAGCCUCGGCCCCUCCUUUCCUACAGCUCCCUGCGCUACAUCUCUGAGCCCUACCUAGCCCUGCACGAAGACUCGCACACCUCGGACUGUGGCGAGGAGGAGACGCUCACCUUUGAAGCAGCUGUGGCUACCAGCCUGGGCCGGUCCAACACCAUCGGCUCAGCGCCGCCCCUGCGGCACAGCUGGCAGAUGCCCAACGGACAUUAUCGGCGGCGGAGGCGCGGGGGGGCCGGACCCGGCGUGACGUGCGGAGCCGUCAGCGACCUCCUGAGUGACACGGAAGAAGACGACAGAUGCUAGAGGCUGCUCCCCCUCCGAUGCAUGCUCUUCUCUCACACGGAGGAAACCAAGACCCGAAUUGGGAAGCCAGUGCGGCCCGGGGGGGGGAGGAAGAGGGAGGAAGGAGCUGGAAGGACACCGUGCAUUAGCAGAGAAGAGGAAGGGAAGGACAGGUGGAAAACCAGUCAGACCCACCAAAUCGCUGUAUUUCCCUUUGCAAGAUGGGCACUGCCAUAGUUCUGCCUCUUUGCUGGGGAAAGAAAAUACAAGAACGUGGAGGGUUCUUCCCAGGGGAGAAGGGACACGAGGAUGGCUUUGCUUCCCCUUGCCCCUUCCCACUUUUCGAUAGCCGUGGGGGGGAUCGAGCCGGCUGUGUCUGCGGCCAUUGCCCUGAGGAGCCUGGAAGACUUUCUGGCUCUUACCUGGGGAGUCGUGAAGACCCUGGGAGAGGACUCUCCCCCCCGCCAGCUCUUCCUCCUCAGCCAGCACCACUGCCACCAGGGCAACCGCAGCAGCAUCUCAUGUGUUAUCCUGUGGCUUGCUUCCCCCGAAGAAGCACAGGCUCGGUUCAGGAGCAUUGGAUGUCAAGGGUAGGAGGCAGAGAGGGAGGAGAAAGCAGGAGGGGGGCGUCGGGUGCUGUGGCGGCAGCAGCGAGGGCUGGUCUGGGUGAGCAAAGCCAUAGCCUGGCAGCCCCCACAGUGGAGGAGGGGCGGAGAAGCAGAGCUGGUGGUGCGGGUGGCAACAGGCCGGUCUGAGGCCUCUCGCCCGCUCGGUAGGUGCUGUGUUCGUUAGGCUAAGGAGAGCCCCCGGAGUCCACGGGGGUACCUAAGGCUCCGGUAAGGUGGUGUUUCAAAAAGUAUCCGCAACCUGUGUCACCAGGGCACCAGCUAAUGAGAGUGCCGUCCGGCCUGUGUGCUGGCACCCCAGGCCCUGAGCCGCCUUGGCCCGGGAGAUGCCGGGCACGGGGGAGUCCUAAGGGUGGGGCGAGUGUGGCAGGGGGCACUUACGGGACUCGGGCAGCGUCAGUUUUCCAUCCAGCAUAGAGGUAACUCAGGAUGUGGACCGGUGCCGCGGCCGGCCCAGCACGUGCUGGCUGAAUGUCAGCCCGGACUCUGGUCCAGGAGGCAACAGGCCUCUCUGCCAAGCAGCAGGGCCCGUGCUGUGUCCAAUCCAGUGCACCCACGUGCCACUGGGCCCAGCCACUCCCCAGGGGGGCCGCACACACACAUCCAGGUGGGCUGCACAUCACCUGGCAGGGACUUCUUAUCCCUCAAGAUGAGAAGGGCCGACAGAUUGAAACCAGAGACGCUUCAGUAAGAGUCCGUCUGAGUCUCCUGAGGAGCUCCUGCAAGGGAGGGACCCUCGGACGGGCAGCUUCUACAGCUGGUUUGUGGUCCAGGGUCAGUUUGCCAGGCUAGUUUAAAAUGAUCCGUAGAUAUACCUCAGCUUAGACCUGGGCUGCUCCUUCUAGCGAAGCAGGCUCCGCUGGGACCUCAGCACGCAGGGUGACAGGGCUGGGGCCCUGCUGGUCCUGCAUAUUCCCCUGGGCUUGACCCGUCCCCCGAGUAGGAGCUGAGCUGAAGACAACCUCAGGACAUUGCUCCUCACCCCCCAAACUCAUGAGCAUUGAGAAGAAGAGAACCCUUUCUGGGCUUAUCAGUUCUCCUUCACCACGUCAGUUAUCCCUUCGGUGGAAACACACCAUUCCCUAUGUCCCUCUGCAGUCCCCCAGCACCAUCACCGUUAGGUGGAAGGGUUUCCUGGAGGGGUACCAGGCAGGGCCCUCCUCUCCCAGCCAGGAGCAGGUGGAGCCAGCCGCAUGGACCCUCCGUGGGGUGACUCAGAGGCCCCCGACUGAGAGCGCAGGGGAUAAACACUCUUUAUCCUCCUCCAGCCCAGGCAGGCUUCACCUCGUGGGUAGGAGCAGUCGGUGGCUGUUAUUUUUCUUAUGAAGUUGGGUUUUUUUGUUUUGUUGUUGUUGUUGCUGCAAUAGAAAUAAGGCAUCGCAGUAUCAGCUCUGAAAAGCCAGAUUCAGCCCUGUGGCUGCAAAAUCCUUUGUGAUGGCCCUGCCUUCUGCCCUAGACAUGGAUGGAGCUUUGUAACACACAGUCAGCCCCCAAACCAAAGUAGUCCCAGGGCAGGAGACCAGUGAGGCAGAGACAUAGGUCUCCUGCUCUGAAACUCUCCUCUUUUUCCCUUUCCUCCCCUGCUCAGCACACGUGGUAUUUGGGGGUGACUGGGAGUGUGACUCUAACACCCUGAUGCUAAAGGGCAGGAUGGUUACCUAAGAUCCGACGCUGGGCCUCGUACUAUCUUAAAGAUUUCCUCUGCUCAGUGUCACUCCUGCCAAAGUGCUGCUAUGGGCUGCUUUGCACAAAAUUGCUUUCUUCCGCCUCGGAAAUGCAGCUUUCCCGAGGGAAAGGCCGACACAGCGCCAUUCUGCACCUGCGAGUCUGUCGCAUUGUGUUUUGAGAAAGGGUGUGGAAGUGACGCCUUACGCCAUUGCAACAGAAGACAUUGAGGCUGGCAGAGCAAUGACCAGAAGUGGGAUUUGCCUGCAAACAACAUUACAGACACUCAGUUUGCUGUGCCAGGAAACCUUCCUGGAUACCUGAACUCCUUAAACUCACAUCCACACAAGCACUUGAACCCUGAAUAAAGUGACAUAACACACUGCAGAUGGCGGCCCCUGACCAGCCACCUGGGUUUUUUUUAGUGCCCGUGAACUUCUGAACUCAUCUCUCUACUUCAGCUUCCCUCUGACCAAGAAAUCAGGUUUCUUAUCCCUUAGCCUGCAUUUACCCUUCUAUUAAGACCAGAAAAUGAAAGAUAAUUUUCUAAGUCAUGGAGUGUAUUAGCAUAAUCUUCUAAUGGUUUCCUUCCACCUCUGAAUAAAUAUGAACCCUAACCUUCCCCCCUAAUAGCCAACCCAGAGAUCCAUUCCUAGGUAUCAGAUUCUGCCUCUUUCUCUUGAAAAGAGGCCCCCUUUACAUCUCAAAACCUGUGCUUCUCUUUGGAUUAAAAAGUGUGGCAGCAUCUUGAGAAAUUCCAAGCAAAACAGAACGACCACCAGUGUUUGACAUACACACCAUGAUCAAACAGCACUGUAGGUCCCCUCGGAAGAAUCUUUAGCUUUGUGUCCAGUUUCCCUUGCUAAUAUGAGUCUUCAGGAUCCCUUCAAAAUAAGAAGGGUGGGUGGUGGGGAGAGGAAGGGAAAAAGAAGGAAGGAGAGGAAAAGAAACCAAGGCAGAGAGAUAUUCUAACUAGGUUCAUGUUUAGAUACACCUCACUUCAUUUAAGGCUCCAGACACACUUCUGGUGAAUUCAUUUCUCUUUCCAUAUACACGUGUGUGUCUCUCUGCCCAUCUCAGUCACCAAGGGGGCAGAGUGCCAGCAGGCCUUCAGACAAGGGGCAGAGCUCUAGGCCAAGGUGUCCUGUGAGCCGGGUCAGGAUAGAAUUAUCUACACUGUGAAGGGGCGGUACCCUUGAGGGUCCCCCAGGCUCAACGUGAGCCAUGCACAUAGCUGCCCAGUGUGGGGCUGUGUCCUUUUCUAGCUGAGGAAUCUAUUUCUAUUCUGGGUUUCACUUUUCUCCAUUCAUUGUUUCUAUGAGGUACCGAAAUCACUGAUACCAGUUCUCUGAAGCUGAACUUCAGAUCUUCUGGUUUUGCCUUCCCUUGACUCUGGGACCACAAAGAGAAGACCCCAUGUUCUACCACUCGGCCAGCACCCAUCCUCCACACACAUCUUUUCUUCACAUAGGCUUUGUGAUGAGCCUGGGUGUCCUCUGCCCUCUGGUCCCAGCCCUUGUUUUGCCACAUGUUAGGGAUGACCCAACUCCUGAGAUGGUUAAGUUCACCCAGUCCAAGCUUACUGCCAACCUGUCUGCCUCUGCUGGGCUCUCUGCCGUUAGGGCAUGCUUGAGUCUUAUGAAAUACAGGCAGGGACUCACCUGAUGAUACAAGAUGAUCUGAAAUAGUGUAAGGUGCAGAACUGUUGCUGGUGGGUAUGAAAUGUCCACAUACUUGAUGAAAGCCCAUUGGAGGGAAGUUAGGGCUCUCAACAUAAUGGAACAAAAUUGAAUGACUUUGAUGCUUUAAGAAAGUUCUCAAUUUUUCAUUUCAUCCUUAUUUCUAAAGCCUGCUCUGGACAGAAUAUUUCUUUAGUGGGUCAAGCCAGGGAUAAGUUGAGAGAUUCUUUAAUUUCUCAGCUCAGCUAUAAAACAUCUUAUGAGGUUGUAUUGGAAAAGGGGCAUAUGUAUAACAGGUGGGGGGCAGAAAGUCACCUGUUUUGCAGGGAUUUUAUGAGACUUGAACGUUAAGGAACUUUCACUGCUUUUUUUUUUUUUUAUAUCAGUUUCAUAUCUGUUAUGUUUUGAGAUCCUCAAAGGCCCAAUGCCAGAGUAGGCAAAGAAUCAGGGUGAGGAGAGGUGUUUCUGUGCCUUGGGGUAGAUUCUUCCUCACUUGCUACUCAUCCAUCCUAUCUGUCCUUGCCCCCUGGAUUCCAGAGCAUUGAGCACUGCCCUGGAGUUUCAGGAGAGGACUUCAUGCUGUAGGAAAGGAGGAGGACAGGGGCCCCCCUGCAAGUAGCCAGUCCAGGCCUGAUGGUUUAACUCCAGGCAGGAGCCCCACGAGGAAUCAAGUCCAGGUUUGGAUAACUAUAUAUCCACACUGAGACUCUAACAAAAGCCAAAUGAGAUUAACUCGGGAGUUACGACCUAACCUUUCCGUAAGGCAAUCAGAGGAGAGCCUACAUUAAUACACACUGCCUCUGGCAGCAGCGUUGUCUUGAUUUUUGUUUUUUCCUUUCUGAACUCCCCCC